AUGGGGUCUUCCUCUAAGGCGAGCUUCAGAUCUGCUCAAGCUUCCGGCAGUGGGGCCAGGAGGCAGGGCCUGGGCAGGGGAGACCAGAGCCUCUCGAUGAUGCCUCCCAACGGCAGGGCUCAGACACACACACUGGACUGGGGAAGCCCCUGCACUUUGUGUCUCCAAGUUCACGGAAGGUGCAGGGGAAGAGAAGCUCCAUCAGUUUCGUCUGGAUCUUGGUCCUCAGCAACUGUCUGGUGCCUGACAGACCUUGGUCUAGGUCUCUCCAGGCCUUUCUUUCCUGGAGCCACAGUGCUUAAAGAUAGGCCACUGGGGUCAGCAGUAAGCCUGAGCUGUGAUCAGAAAAAAGCACCAUUGAGGUUGCAGUGAGCCGAGAUCACACCACAGCACUCCAGCCUGGGCGACAGAGAGAGACUCCACCUCAAAACAAACACGAACAAACAAACAAAAAGGCACCAUCUAGAAAUGGCCCCGGCACUGACUAGUGGCCACCUCAUUUCCCCCCUUGACCACUGGGCCCACUGGUUGGCUAGGCUGCCUCAUUUUGCAUCCUUCUGACAAUCAGAGGGAGCUUUAUAUCCAUGGCAGUCAAGGCCCUCCGGAGAAACAGAACCAACAUGGUGUGUGUAUAGAGAGAGAAUGAGCCUGAGGAAUUGUGGAGGCUGGCUAAUCCAAAGUCUGCAGGGCGGGCUGGGAGGCCACAGACCCGGGAGGAAGCCAGUGCUGCUCUUCACUCUGAGGCUGUCUGCUGGGGACUUUCUUCCUGCUGGGGGAGCUGAGUCCUUCAUGCUCUUCAGGCCUUCAUCGUGUUCAGCCGCUUGGAUGAGGCCUCCCUGCAUUACAGAGACCAACCUACUGCACCAAAACUGCUGAUCUAACGUUUAUCUCAUCCAAAAAACACAAUCACAGAAACAUCCAGACCAAUGUUAGACUGAAUAUCUGGACACCGUGAUCAAGGCAAGUCAACAUAAAAUCAGCCGUCACCGUGUCUAUGGGAGGAUUCCUGGAGUGAAGGUGUGUGUUCGCUGAAGACCCGUCUUCCCCAGGAGAGGCCGCGCCUGCUCCCCCGUGAUGUCCUAGGGGCUCUGUCAACUCUACCGUAGUAUCUUCUGUUAUCUCUCCAGCAAGCCUGCCCUGGAAGUAAGAGUGUCUUCAUUUUUCAGAUUAAAACAAUCAGAGUUUAAAUGACUUGUUCGAGGGUAACUCUGGGAAGCCAAUACACUGGUCAAACCUAGGUUAAUCUGUCUGCAACUCUUGCUUUGGAAGGAUAAUAAUAGCUACUGUUGCAUUGUUUUAUUAUUGUAUUUAACACUUACGUUUGCUAUAUUUCAGGCACUGUUCUAACUAUGCUAACUCUCCCCAAGAAUUCCAGAGGCAGGUGUGAUUCACAAGCCAUCUGAAGGUGGGAACCACCUGCGGUCCACGUUGCCUGGGCACUGGCCCCCAGGAUGCCUCAGAGCUGCCCCAGGCCGGUUAUUUCUCUCUCACCUGCCAAUCCUCUU